AUGGCGGCGGGGUCGGGUGGGAGUGGGGGGUCCGGGGGAGGCCCCGGGCCGGGGCCCGGUGGGGGUGGAGGCCCCGGCGGGAGCGGCCCAGGCCCGGGGUCUGGCGCGGCUUUGGGCAGCGGCGGGGAGCUGCACCCGCGCACGGGGCGCCUGGUCAGCCUGUCGGCCUGCGGGCGCACGGCGCGGCGGCAGCAGCCGGGCCAGGAGUUUAACCACGGGCUGGUGUUGAGCCGGGAACCCUUGCGCGAUGGACGCGUCUUCACCGUCCGCAUCGACCGCAAGGUCAACUCCUGGAGUGGCUCCAUUGAGAUUGGGGUGACGGCACUGGACCCCAGUGUGCUGGACUUCCCGAGCAGCGCCACAGGGCUGAAGGGGGGUUCGUGGGUAGUGUCGGGCUGCUCGGUGCUGAGGGAUGGACGUUCUGUGCUGGAGGAGUAUGGUCAGGACCUGGACCAGCUUGGCGAAGGGGACCGUGUGGGCGUGGAGCGCACAGCGGCCGGCGAGCUGCGGCUCUGGGUGAAUGGGCGGGAUUGUGGUGUGGCUGCCACAGGCCUGCCUGCUCGCGUCUGGGCCGUCGUGGACCUUUACGGCAAGUGCACCCAAGUCACUGUGCUGCCCCCGGAGCCAGGCUUCAGCUCCCCCACUCCCAUCCCCACACCUCUCCUCGAGCCCUCCGCUGCCCCCGAAGAUUCUGCCUUGGCUGAGCAGGGGACCUCUCGGGAUGAAGACUUUGCCGGCAUGGAGCUGUCUGAGGUGGUGAGCAACGCCAUCCUGUCGGCCUAUAACGGGGGGCUCCUCAAUGUGAACCUGAGCUCCCCACCAGCGGGGGAAGCGCUAGGGCCCAGCUGUGCCGCCACCUCACCCGUCCUCACGUCCAAUGACGCCCUGCUCUUCCACGAGAAGUGCGGGACGCUCAUCAAACUCAGCAACAACAACAAGACGGCGGAGCGGCGCCGGCCCCUGGAUGAAUUCAACAACGGGGUCGUCAUGACCAACCGCCCGCUCCGAGACAACGAGAUGUUUGAGAUCCGCAUCGACAAGCUCGUGGAUAAGUGGUCGGGCUCCAUUGAGAUGGGCGUCACCACGCACAACCCCAACAGUUUGGAAUACCCAGCCACCAUGACCAAUCUGCAGUCAGGCACCAUCAUGAUGAGCGGCUGCGGGAUCCUCACCAACGGCAAGGGCACCCGCCGGGAGUACUGUGAGUUUAGCCUGGAUGAGCUGCAGGAGGGCGACCACAUUGGUCUCACAAGGAAGUCCAACUCUGCCCUCCACUUCUUCAUUAACGGCAUCGAUCAAGGCGUGGCCACCCCAUUGACGCCCCCAGUGGUGUAUGGUGUGGUAGACUUGUAUGGGAUGGCAGUGAAGGUGACCAUCGUCCACAAUAACAACCACAGCGACCGUCUGCGCAGGAACAAUGCCAUCCUGCGGGCGCUGUCCCCUGAGGGUGCCCUCCGCCGAGCUGCUCCCGCUGCCCAGGCCGAACCCGAGCGGCUGCUCUUCCACCCCAACUGUGGGCAGAAGGCAGCCAUCACCCACGAGGGACGCACUGCUCUGAGGCCCCAUGCCACCGAUGACUUCAAUCAUGGCGUGGUGCUGAGCAGCAGAGCCCUGCGGGACGGAGAGGUAUUCCAGGUGCGCAUCGACAAGAUGGUGGACAAAUGGGCUGGCUCCAUUGAGAUUGGUGUCACCACCCACAACCCUGCCUACCUCCAAUUGCCCUCCACCAUGACCAACUUGCGUUCUGGGACCUGGAUGAUGACUGGGAACGGGGUGAUGCACAAUGGGACAACCAUCUUGGAUGAAUAUGGGCACAACCUGGACCGCCUCAAGGCAGGGGACACGGUGGGCGUGGUUCGCAGGGAGGAUGGGACUCUCCACUUCUUUGUCAACGGGAUGACGCAGGGCCCCGCCGCCUGGAACGUGCCCCCGGGCGUCUAUGCUGUUGUGGAUCUCUACGGCCAGGCUGCCCAGGCCACCAUUGUGGACGACGUGGAGGUGAUUCCGGUCCCUGAGCCACUCCCUGAGGGGAACAACCAGGCGUCUCCCAGCUCCCCAUCGUCGGGGGCGGGGGGCUCUGACCUCCGCUUCCACCAGCUGCACGGCAGCAACGCGGUCAUCACGAACGGGGGCCGCACUGCGCUCCGCCACAACUGCCGCAGCGAGUUCAACGACGCCAUUGUUAUCUCCAACCGGGCCCUGCGGGACGGCGAGCUGUUUGAGAUUGUCAUUCAGAAGAUGGUGGACCGCUGGUCAGGCUCCAUUGAGGCUGGAGUGACUGCUAUCCGGCCAGAGGACCUGGAAUUCCCCAACACUAUGACCGACAUUGACUACGAUACUUGGAUGCUGAGUGGCACAGCCAUCAUGCAAGAUGGCAACACGAUGCGCAACAACUACGGGUGCGACCUCGACGCGCUGGGCACAGGCGCCCGCAUCGGCAUGAUGCGCACCUCCAAGGGCGACCUGCACUACUUCAUCAACGGCCAGGACCAGGGCGCCGCCUGCUCAGGCUUGCCCCCGGGUAAAGAGGUGUAUGCGGUAGUGGAUCUCUAUGGCCAGUGCGUCCAAGUGUCCAUCACCAAUGCCACCGGCCCCAUGGACAACAGCCUGGCAACCAGCAACACCGCUACCGAGAAGUCAUUCCCCCUGCUCUCCCCAGUGGCCGGCGUGGCUCACCGGUUCCACAGUGUUUGCGGCAAGAAUGUCACUCUGGAGGAAGAUGGCACAAAGGCGGUGCGGGCAGCUGGCUAUGCUCACGGCCUUGUCUUUAGCACCAAGGAGCUCAAGGCGGAGGAAGUGUUUGAGGUGAAAGUGGAAGAGCUGGACGAGAAGUGGGCGGGCUCCCUGCGGAUAGGGCUGACGACACUGGCACCAGGGGAGAUGGGGCCCGGAGCAGGUGGCGGCCCCGGGGUGCCUCCCUCCCUGCCAGAGCUCCGGACAAAGACCACCUGGAUGGUGUCCAGCUGUGAAGUGCGGCGUGACGGGCUGCUCCAGAGGAUGAACUACGGCCGGAACCUAGAGAGGCUGGGGGUGGGGAGCCGUGUGGGCAUUCGCCGGGGGGCAGAUGACUCGAUGCACAUCCUGGUGGAUGGCGAGGACAUGGGGCCUGCAGCCACUGGCAUUGCCAAGAACGUGUGGGCUGUGUUGGAUCUCUACGGGCCGGUGCGGAGCGUGUCUAUCGUCAGCUCCACGAGGCUGGAGGAGCCCGAAGGCACCCAGCCCCCCUCCCCCAGCUCCGACACUGGAAGUGAAGGCGAUGAAGAUGAGGACGAGGAGCACGGCCUGGGAGGCGAGGACCAAGUGGCCGUUAUGCCUACAGCCCUUGAAUUCCUGGAGAACCAUGGGAAGAACAUCCUCCUGUCCAACGGGAACCGCACAGCCACCCGGGUGGCCAGCUACAACCAGGGCAUCGUUGUGAUCGGCCAGCCCCUGGUGCCCCAGCUGCUGGUCCAGGUGCGGAUAGACUUCCUGAACCGCCAGUGGACAUCUUCCCUUGUCCUGGGAGUCAUCACCUGCCCGCCCGAGAGGCUGAACUUCCCUGCUUCUGCCUGUGCCCUUAAACGGGCAGCCUGGCUGCUGCGGGGCCAUGGGGUCUUCCACAACGGCCUCAAGAUCUGUGAGAAGUUUGGGCCAAAUCUGGACACGUGUCCUGAAGGCACCGUCCUGGGACUGCGGCUCGACAGCUCUGGGGGACUGCACCUCCAUGUCAACGGGACGGACCAGGGGGUGGCUGUGCCCGAUGUCCCCCAGCCCUGCCGCGCGCUCGUGGACCUCUACGGGCAGUGUGAGCAGGUGACAAUUGUGAGCCCUGAACCAGGAGCUGCCAGUUUGAAGAGUACUGGAACCCAAGGGGACAUGGAGAAAGCUGACAUGGUGGAUGGGAUCAAGGAGAGCAUAUGCUGGGGCCCACCGUCUGCUGCCAGCCCUCUCAAGAGCUGCGAGUACCAUGCCCUUUGCUCCCGAUUCCAAGAACUGCUGCUGCUUCCUGAGGAUUAUUUCAUGCCUCAACCAAAGCGGAGCCUGUGCUACUGUGAGUCUUGCCGGAAGAUGCGCGGGGACGAAGCCCAUCGGCGCCGUGGGGAGCCUCCCCGGGAAUAUGCCCUGCCCUUUGGCUGGUGCAGGUUCAACCUCAGAGUGAAUCCUCACCUGGAGGCUGGGACACUCACCAAGAAGUGGCACAUGGCAUAUCACGGCAGCAAUGUGGCCGCCAUCCGGAGAGUGCUGGACCGAGGGGAGUUGGGAGCAGGUUCUGCCUCCAUCCUGAGCUGCCGGCCCCUGAAGGGAGAGCCCAGGGGAGGGUUUGAGGAGCCGGGUGAGAACUGUGCACCUCCCCGGGAGGAGCAGCCCCCUCCGGUGCUGCUUUCUCCCUCCCUCCAAUAUGCUGGGGCCGAGACCCUGGCAUCCAAAGUGCAAUUUUGGGACCCCAAAUUCCAGCGGACACACCAGGCCCAGGUGGCAUUCCAGGUGUGUGUGCGCCCUGGCUCCUACACCCCCGGCCCUCCUUCCGCUGUCCUCAGAGAACCUCCUGACCCUCACUUCAGCCCAGCCGAACUUGAGUGGGUAACCAAGGAGAAGGGGGCCACGCUCCUCUAUGCCCUGCUGGUACGGGUGGAAUGA